ACUGCAAGGAAACCCUAAGCGGAAGGUCCAGAACAUUUCUCCCGAGCAAUGGGGGCUUACAAAUACGUAUCGGAGCUAUGGAGGAAGAAGCAGUCGGAUGUGAUGCGUUUCCUGCAGAGGGUUCGCUGCUGGGAAUACCGCCAGCUUCCGUCCAUCGUCCGCGUCACCAAGCCGACGCGCCCUGACAAGGCUCGACGUCUUGGUUACAAGGCAAAGCAGGGUUAUGUAAUUUAUCGUGUCCGUGUUAGACGUGGUGGCAGGAAGAGACCAGUUCCUAAAGGUAUUGUGUAUGGGAAACCCAAAAAUCAGGGUAUCACUCAACUUAAAUUCCAAAGGAACAAGAGGUCGGUAGCUGAGGAGAGAGCUGGCCGGAAGUUGGGAGGCCUCAGGGUGCUAAACUCCUACUGGGUUAAUGAGGAUUCUACCUACAAGUAUUUUGAGGUUAUCCUUGUCGAUGCAGCCCACACAGUUAUCCGCAAUGACCCCAGGAUCAACUGGAUCUGCAAGGGUGUUCAUAAACACCGUGAGCUUCGCGGACUCACUUCGGCUGGUAAGAAGUACCGAGGACUCCGUGGCAAAGGGCAUCGGCAUCACAAGGCCAGGCCAUCUCGAAGGGCGACCUGGAAGCGGAACCAGACAUUAUCUCUCCGUCGUUAUCGUUGAACAUUCAAGCACAGAUAAUCCAAUUCAGAUCAUGAUUCUGUUUCUACUCUAUUUAGGUGCCUUUUUCAUGUGAUACAAGAAUUUUUUUUACCCAAACAACCGCAUGAAUUGUGCUUGUGGUGCCAGUCUCAUCACAUGCGUCCUCUGUAUGGCUUAGUUGACCAUUUGAGCAGGUCAUCAUGCCUUACUCAUCGCCCUUUAAAUUAAUUGUCUUGAGAAAUGAAUAGUGAAACCGAUCUUUUAUUUUCAAAA